AAAGGACUGAGUGGCACUAAGAAUCUUCGUGACCUGACUUUCACUUUCUGAUACGCGGUCGAAACUGCGAAUGUGACAGGUGUUAUUAUCGUGUGUAUGUACAUAUACGUGUUAAAGCCUUUGUCUACGUUGUAAUUAUACAAAAAACACAUUAAAGAUAAACAAUGGAAUUUUUACAAUCGGAACGCAUAUUCAAUGAAAAAUAUAAUAAAAAAUUUGAUGGUUACGUACAAUAUGGUACUGCCGGCUUCAGAACAAAGGCCAAUGUUCUUGAACAUGUUCUUUAUAGAAUGGGAAUUCUAGCAGUAUUAAGAUCUAAAGUUAAAAAUGCUGCAAUUGGUUUAAUGAUCACUGCAAGUCAUAACAUCGGAUCAGACAAUGGAGUGAAGCUUAUAGAUCCAGCUGGCGAGAUGUUAGAAGCUUCUUGGGAACUCAUUGCUACACAUUUGGCAAAUGUAGAAGAUACAAAGUUAAUUGCUACCAUAGAACAGAUUAUCAAAGAGCAGAAUGUUAAUAUAUCUACAGAGGCAGUUGUUAUAAUUGGUAGAGACACCAGAGAAAGUAGUCCUGCAUUAUUCAAUGCUGCUGUUAUAGGAAUUCAAGCCUUAAAUGGAAUAGUAAAAGACUUUGCAGUAGUUACAACUCCUCAGUUACAUUACCUUGUUGUAUGUACAAACACUGAUAGCAAUUAUGGUAGUCCUACAUUGCAUGGUUAUUAUGAAAAACUAUCACAAUCAUUUAAACAUAUAAGACAAAGUAAGAUUAAUAAUGGACAGUAUGUAGCAGAAUUAUCAUUAGAUGCUGCUAAUGGUGUUGGUGCUAUAGCUGCAAAAGAAUUUCAAAAAUAUUUAGGAACAACGCUUACAAUCAAUUUAUAUAACGAUGGAAAUGGAGAAUUAAAUUCCAUGUGUGGAGCUGACUACGUUAAGGUGAAACAAGUACCACCUACGAAUUUUGUACUAAAGCCUAAUGUCAGAUGUGUAUCUAUAGAUGGUGAUGCAGACAGAGUAAUUUAUUUUUAUGUGGACGAAAACAAUAAAUUUCAUCUUUUGGAUGGUGAUAGAAUAGCAGUGCUUGUUGCUGGAUAUUUCAAAGAACUCCUACAAGAAUGCGGUUUAACGUUUCAAUUUGGUUUGGUACAAACAGCCUAUGCAAAUGGUGGAUCUACAAACUACAUUUCAAACGUAUUGAAAAUUCCAGUUGUAUGUGCAUUAACUGGUGUGAAACAUCUGCUCAGUAAAGCAUUAGAAUUUGAUAUAGGUAUAUAUUUUGAAGCAAAUGGACAUGGAACUGUAGUGUUUAAGGAUACCGUUAUUCAAACGCUUAAAGAUACUAUUACAAACUCAGAACUGUCCACCACUAAAAAAGCAGCUGCUUUAAGAUUAUUAAGCAUAAUUGACGUCAUAAAUCAAACAGUUGGCGAUGCCUUUAGCGAUAUGUUAUUAGUCGAAACAAUUUUACAUGCAAAAGGCUGGAGUAUAAUAGAUUGGGAAAAACGUUACGACGAUUUACCAAAUAAACAAUUAUUAGUAAGAGUCAGCGAUAAAAAUCUUAUAACUACAACUAAUGCUGAAAGACAAUGUGUAACACCUAUAGGUAUACAAGAAGAAAUUGAUAAAGUAGUAUCAAAGUAUAGGAAAGGUCGAUCCUUUGUUAGACCAUCAGGAACCGAAGAUGUGGUACGAGUAUAUGCAGAAUGUGAGGAUCCAAAUGAUCUUAACAGAAUGAUUACAGAAGUAGCGUUGUUGGUCUAUAGACGUGCAGGCGGAAUUGGACCUGAACCUCAGCUUAUAUAAAAACAAAUAUUCCUUCAGUAUUUUUAAAUCUAUCUAAAGCUAUAUAACAUAAGUUAAACAAAUGUAUUGAAAUACAUGAAAGUAUUUUAGUUUUACAAAGUGUACACGAGAUUCCAAAUGAAUAUAAAAAUGAACAUCUCUCUCCCUCAA